CACAUACUCUCCGUGCAGUGGGCCAGGAUGUCGAUGAACGUGCGUAUGGGACCGUACUCUAAGAAAAGCUCUUGACGUGGGACUGGAAACUUGUCGUUUGACAACCUCGUUCGUGGUUCCAGCCUAUCAGACGAAGAUAAUUCGUCAGUUCCCCAUGUAUCUGUCACAUUUCUCCUGGCUUGCAGAUAGCUUCUGGUCUGGUACCACAUGGUCAAGCGUGAACCUGCACGAACUCGUGACCACCAUGGUUACUAUGCAUAUACUCUAUUUUUCAGGAACCGUGCCUGUGACCGCCGAUUAAAUAGCGCAAGCUCCCCCCACGAGGACUAUACAUCGCGCGCCUCUUCUCAUCGCCACGCAAGAUGUGGGUGCGAUUGGUAUUAGCUGCUGCUGUACUUCUUCGUGCAGAUGUACAUUCUCAAGCUGUGAACGAGACCGACUCCCUGUCUUGUAUCAUCGAGUCUAAAGGCGUGCACAUCCCUGGAACGGUUCCUUGCAACCCCUACGAACCGCUGCAGCACCGCCUCGCCUAUGCAGGACCAAAUGGCAUGACAGUCAGUUGGAGUACGUAUGCGCAGAUCGAAACCCCCCAAGUAUACUACGGACCGUCUCCAUUCGAUCUCUCUUCCGUUGCGACUGGCUAUUCUGUCACAUACCCUACUUCGAGAGUGUAUGACAACCAUGUAAAGAUAACAGGACUCAAGCCCAAUACGAAGUAUUGGUAUCGUGUACAAUAUCAGAAUUGUCCAGGUUGUGCUUACAGAGCAACCGACACUUUUGUAACUGCACGUGAGGCCGGUGACGAUACCCCUUUUUCCAUCGCAGUUGCUGUGGAUCUCGGUCUUAUGGGUAGAGAUGGGCUUAGUACGUCCGUCGGACCUUUGGGUGGCUCGUCUGCUGCAGCGAACCCUCUCGGCCCACGUGAUCUUAAUACCAUUCAGGGUCUUUUGCAAAACAAGGAUACAUAUGAAUUCAUUGCUCACUACGGAGAUAUCGCCUACGCGGACUACUUUAUCAAGGAGAGCUGGCAAGGCUACUUUGGAAAUGAGAGCCUGAUCCCCAACGUGACAAGUGUGGUGGAUGGCUACAAUUCGUUAUUGGAACAGUACUAUGACCAGAUGACGCCGCUUACCAGUGCAAAAGCCUAUAUGGUCGGUCCAGGAAACCACGAGGCAAACUGUGACAACGGUGGUACGACUGACAAGGUUCACAAUAUCACUUACACCACCUCGAUAUGUACUCCAGGACAGACCAACUUCACCGGUUACAUUAAUCAUUUCAGGAUGCCGUCCGACGAAUCUGGUGGAAACGGCAACUUUUGGUACUCCUUCGACUACGGUCUCGCUCACUUCAUCACUCUUGACUCCGAGACUGACCUUCCAGUGGGACUACAAUCCCCUGAUGAAGCUGGGGGCUCAGAGGCGGGAGCAGACAAUGGCCCCUUCGGAUACCCCAAUGAACAGAUCGAGUGGCUCGAGAAGGAUCUUGCUGGUGUCGAUCGCAGUAAGACCCCGUGGAUCAUCGUCGGCCUUCAUCGUCCGUGGUACAUCGCCGCCCAAAAUGAUUCGGGUGAUGUUUGUCUCGCCUGUCAACAGGCAUUUGAGCCAUUGUUCUUGAAGUACAAUGUCGAUCUCUACAUGCAGGGACACGUGCACCUUUAUGAGCGCAACAAGCCAAUUGCUAACUAUUCGAUUGAUCCCGCGGGGCUUAACAAUCCCAAGGCCCCGUGGAACAUCGUCAACGGUGCCGCAGGUCACUACGAUGGGCUCGACACGCUCGUCGGGUCGCCCUACUGGACGGACGUUGCGUUUGACACCGCCUACGGCUGGUCUCGACUCACUUUCCACAACCGCACGCAUUUGACGCACGAGUUCGUGUCGAGCGCGAAUGGAACUGUUCUCGACAGCGCGACUUUGUAUAAAGAGCACACAUUUGACAAUUCCCAACAUUGAAUGGACCAACUCACAGUUCUCCUCGCUUUUGAUAUUGGGUAUAGUGUCCAGUGUGGUUUGUUCCUUCACCACUUCUUAUAACCGAUACUACGCAAAUUCGCUCCGAUUGUUGAUUUCACACAUCAGAUGUACGCAUGGACGUUUCCAGAACUUAUUCG